UUGUUUCCGGGUCAUGCCCUUUCUAUGUUGUGUGCGAAAUUGUUCUUUCUAAGCUUGGAACGGGAACCCCUUCUUACCACACUUCAAGCCUCCAGUUUCAGCAAUGGAGUCCUGAUCUAGACAUGUGGCAGAGUGCUGAGAUGGUGGAAGAAUGGACUGCACCACUUCGAACUGGAGGGGAAGAUCCUCUAAGUUAAUAGAUCUUCUAAGGUCAUAAUGACUUGUCAGUGGAAAACUAAUGCAGCAUACAAAAAGGCUUUCGUGGAGGAUAAGGAUGCCGAUGCCACAUUUCUCCAGGUAGAAGAGUGUUUCACUUUUGCUUAUAAGCAAAAGUGCUUAUAUGCAUUAUGCAUCCGGACUUGUCUCCUCAUUUACAUACCCAAGAGUGCAACAUCAUCAUUCGCCUACUGCAAGAGUGUCACAAGGAGCACUCCUUCCUGAAGUUUUUUGGCCAUUGCAAUGACCUUGACAGACAAAUGAAGCAGUGCUUGAAGAAAGAGUACGAAGCAAACAGAGCUAGGAGCCGAGCACAUGCAGAAGAAGUGAGGCGGAAAUUGAUGAACGCCCGAGAGCAGUAGUAGAGAUGCGUGGAGUUGGCAUCGGGGCUGGUGGUGGUCAGCCCCCAGUCCAGAAGACAUGCUAUAGACGGAGCAGGUCACCUCUGACAUUUUCUGGAACCCUGAGUGCAGACAAUCGAUUGGCUCUGAAAUGUUUGUAAUAAAAAUCGGCUGCAAUUGUCA